GAAUGGGAAUGGCCAUUCACUCUGCUUCCCUGAGAGGGCAGUAACAUCGAUGCAAGGUUUGAAUGUGGAAAUGUAAAGAGAAUUUGAUGGCGAUGGGGAGCGUAUGGCUGCAGCUGCCAUUGCACACUGCCGAAAUCCCAUGAUAGGCUUCGCUCAGGAGCAUGCUCUUCAUACCCUAAAUCAAAAUCUCUACGGCAGGAGUGUUAACUUGAGGUUGCCAUUGUGGGUUCAGACCAGCAUCCUUAGCUAGGAUCCUUAGCUUCCUCUGGAUUCAUAAAAGGUCUGUUUCCCAAAAGAGUUCAGAGAAUGCGAUCUAAGUUUGAGAGCCACAAGUGGCUCUUGGGAUCAAAAAGCAUUUUCUAUUCCAGCCAGCCACAGCAAUGAGGGUGCUUUGGCCGCAUCAGCCAAUUGAUGGAAUUUUGCCCAAAGCAGCUUUUGACACCUUUGCUGGCUGCCAAAUAGCUCUGUGACGGGGUUGGUGAUAUCUGGGAGGGGACAGUCCAAAAGGCAGCCAGAUGUCAGGGACUGCCUCCAAAUUUUGUUCAGGUUAGCUUGAGGGAGAAGAGAAAGGUGUAGAAAAGAUAGUGUGUAUGUUUGGGGGAUGGGGGCUCGGAAACCUAUCUCCAACUACAACUCUGCUAUCAAGUUGCUGUGUGACCUUGGGAAAGUCACUACCCCUCUCUGGUCCCUUGAUUCUCCUUAUGCAAUGAGGACUCUGAAUGGCCCCAGGAUUUCCCCAGCACUGGAUGAGAUGAUGGCCAUGGCCACAUGACCUCUGUGAUUUCAAAGGGUUUCCAACCAUCGCAAGCUGGACCUGGGCCAAAAGACUUCCUGGGGAUAAUAGCAAAGCAGUUCAGCCCCUCAGCCUUUCCAUUCUCUUGUCUGGACAGCAAGAACUAGGGGCAGGCCACUGCAAGCAAGCCCAAUUGGAGAGUAAAUCUGAUGGUCACUUAACUUAAGGCCUUUGGGUCAGACAGAUCUGGCUUCAAAUCCCACCCCUACUGUGUGCUUGAAACCUUGGGGGAAGUUACCUACACUCACAAGACCUCCCUCUGCUCAUGUGUACAGUGCAGGUAAUAUGCUCCCACAUCUUAGGGGAUGGUUAAGAUGAAAUCAGUUACCAGGUCUGGAGUGCCUACCCUGAUGCCUGGGCCAGAGGAAACGCUGAGUAGUGUUGUUAGCUAUUGCCAUUCACUUCCUGGUGUUCGAGAGCCAGGAGGCAGAUGGUGGGUAAUUCCUCUCUGGUAUCUGGGCUACGUUAGACCCAUUGUUCUAUCCACAGAUACCAAGACAGAAGAUGUUUCAAACUGGGGGCCUCAUUGUCCUCUGUGGGCUGCUGGCCCAUACCACAGCCCAGAUGGAAGUCCUGCCCUUGCCCCUGGACCAGAACCUGCUUUUGGCUGGGACUCCACCCCAGGCCCCACAUCCCACAGAUCUUGCUGGAAGCUUAACAAGUGGUCUCAGCAGUGGCCUGCUCUCUGGGGGUCUGUUGGGCAUUCUACAAAACCUUCCACUCUUGGACAUCCUGAAGACUAGAGGAGACACUUCUGGGGGCCUGCUUGGGGGCCUGCUUGGGAAAGUGACUUCAUUGGUCCCUGUCCUGAACAACAUCAUUGAUCUGAAGAUCACUAAUCCCCAGCUCCUGGAACUAGGCCUUGUGCAGAGCCCUGAUGGCCAUCGUCUCUAUGUCACCAUCCCUUUGGGCAUGAUCCUCAAUGUGAAUACGCCCCUGGUCGGAAGUCUGUUAAAGCUGGCUGUGAAGCUAAACAUCACUGCAGAAAUUUUAGCUGUGAAAAAUGAACAGGGGAAGAUCCACCUGGUUCUUGGUGACUGCACUCACUCCCCUGGGAGACUGCAAAUCUCCCUGCUUGAUGGAUUUGCUCCCCUCCCCGUUCAAAGCCUUGUCGACAGUCUCAGCGGCAUCUUGAAUGAAGUCCUUCCUGAGCUGGUACAGGGCAAGGUAAGUGAAUAAAAGUGGCAGCUCCUGAUUCUUAGGUCAUAGGGCUUCUCAGGAUGAAAGAAGCCCCUGGAGCGAGGUUUUCUGAACCCCUCAGUUUGAUAUGUCUCCCUGUCCGCUGAUCCAUCUGUCUGUGUUUCUUCUUUCCACCCUUCAAAAUGCAUUGAUUGGUUCCUGCUGGGGGCCAGGCCCUGGGCACGUCCACACUACAGCUGAAAUGGAUUGGCCCCUGCCCAGGGAAGCUCCCAGGCCACCCUCACCAGAGCUGUAGGCAAGCACUCUUCCAGCCUAUGCUA